AGCUGUGUUGCUCUUAAUGAUGACCACAGUAGCCAGGUUUCAAGACCAGCAGACUGAGAGUAUAAUACCUGAAGAUGAUAAACCGCCCUCACUGGGAUGUAUCGGCUGGUUCAUUGUAAUCAUCUCCCUCAUUUUCAUCAUAGGAUUGUUUCCUGUUACCAUUUUUAUGUGUGUCAAGAUUGUACAGGAGUAUGAAAGGGCUGUGAUCUUUCGAUUGGGUCGUAUUGUGGACAGGAAACCAAAAGGACCAGGAAUUUUCUUUGUGCUGCCAUGUACUGACACAUUCAGGAAGGUGGACUUGAGAACUGUGUCAUUUGAUAUUCCCCCUCAGGAGAUCUUGACAAAGGACUCGGUGACAGUGAGUGUGGAUGGUGUGGUGUACUUCCGUGUUUGUGACCCCAUCUGUUCCGUGGCCAAUGUGUCCAAUGCGGACCACUCAACACGUCUGCUGGCCCAGACUACCCUGAGAAACGUGCUGGGCAUAAAGAACCUGUCAGAGCUGCUGUCUGAUAGAGAGGGUAUCUCCAACAGCAUGCAGGCUGCCCUGGAUGAGGCCACUGGUGAGUGGGGCAUUAAAGUGGAGCGAGUGGAGAUAAAGGACGUUAAACUGCCCCAGCAGCUUCAGAGGGCCAUGGCUGCAGAGGCAGAGGCGGCCCGAGAGGCUCGUGCCAAGGUGAUUGCAGCAGAGGGCGAGAUGAAUGCCUCAAGGGCAUUGAAGGAAGCCUCUCUGGUGAUUGCUGAGUCACCAUCCGCUCUGCAGCUACGAUACCUCCAGACGCUUAACUCCAUCGCAGCAGAGAAAAACUCCACCAUCAUCUUCCCUCUGCCCAUUGAUAUCAUUCAGCACUUCACAUCCAAAAGAUAUUAACGAUUCCACAUUAAGAAAAUCCUUUUUGGUUGUGACACAGUACUGGGUAUUAAUGUACAAAUAUGACUAGCAAAAAGAUGCUUCGAUAAG